AUGUACAAAUUUGUUCCCGAUAGUGUUGGUGGCGUUGGAUCGAGACGUAAGCUUUCCCAUAAGACAUGCGACUCCUGUAAGAAGCGCCACAGACGAUGUCUUCAUAACCGAGGAAGCCCUCAGGCUACUAGUCAGAGUGACAAACCGCCAUCUAUAACUGCACCCAACUCUGGGGAAUCCUCUACAUUUAUCGAAGCUGUUGGUGAUGACCAAGUGACAAAUUCCGACGAUAAUUACUCUGCAUCCCAAAGAACACCAAGAAUUUCAGAAACUCGAAUUCCUCUCAAUGAGCGACUGUUCGACAGUAGUGCUGCUCGAUUCGUUGGAAAUCUUAGCUUGGAGGCAUCGUUUUUUGCAACUGGAAAUCAAACCUCGGAGAACGAUGGCCAACGUACCAACAUUGGCGUGUGGCUUGUUGCUCGCCCAUCUACAUUGGAGCAGCAGCAAGAUGCGAUAGCCAAUGUUGACGAGCAGCAUAUUCCGAUAUUUCCUUCUUUAUCAAACCGCUUUCACAUCCAAUCAAUCUUCCCUCAUAUCCAAACGGAAGGGAUGCCCGGCCUCCCUCCAGAGAACGAGUUUAACCUCAUGUUAAACCUCUAUUACUCUAAGUUUGAUCCCAUAUUUCCCAUCAUUCACGAUGAGAAUUUUGAAACUCUUGAGGAUGUUGAAGCUUCAGCACUCAAGCAAUGCAUUUGUCUCAUAGUAUCGCUUGACCCCUCCAUGAGAUCUCAUCUCAAGCUUGCUCACAUCGAAGGCGCCAUCAACCAAACGGAGUUUCGCUCUCACAUUGCGGGAAUCUUGAGGUCGAUUUUGCACGCUGGUAUUAUCCAUAAUAAAUUGGUACUACUCCAGAUAACAGCUCUGUUGGCCUUUUUUGUCAAUGGGCCCAGUUCUAGUGAGAUCUCUUCCCACUAUUGCGCACAGGCUGUGGAGAUUGCCCAGACCCUUGGACUCCAUGUCUCAUAUCCGAACGAAAGCGAAAGCCUAGAAAAAUCGCAUCGCUUGUUCUGGUGUAUUUGGGCUCUUGAUAGACUUAAUGCAGCAACGAACGGUCGUCCAAUCCUAAUUCACGAGCAAGACAUUGGUGAACAACUCCUUCGUUUUGUUCCCGAACACCUUCCAGCUUUCAGGCUCUUUCUUCACAUCUGCAAGCUCCUUGAUGAAGUAAUAUCUCAGUAUCGGCCUCGACCGAGCCCCAGUAUUAAUAUUCCGAGGCAAAUUAUACCUGACUUUGAAAGCCUUGUUUGCGAGGCGGUGGCAACUGAGGUGGAUACUCCACUUAUCGCAUCAUUGGAGAUUUUUUACCUAGCCAUUCGGAUUUUGGGAUGUCGGCCUCAACCCGAAUCAGAUGGACCCAACCGACUUCCAAGCUCAGAUGCUCAGUCAUCUGCCGCAGCUAGUAUCCUUUCAGUCGCUUCGGGUGAUCUCAAACUUUCAAUCACUUACUGGGUGACUUUGCCUUAUGCCAUUUCACUGGCAACUUCAGUUGGGUAUCAGACUCUUAGGAACAGCAAACUCUCUCACACGCGAAAGCGGGCGUAUCUUCAAUUCCAACAGGGUCGGUGUCUUCUGGAUGGACUAAGUGAUAUUUUUGUUUCUGCUCGCAUGAUGGCCCGGUUAGCUCAAAACACCCUCAAAGAAGCUAGCAAAUCUAGAGGUCACACCUCAAGACACCCGGAGGAGAAUGCCCAGUCAAUUCAGGACACACAAUCCAGUCUCUUCGCAGAAACAGCGUCCCAUUUUCCGGGUUACCAGUCGAGUCCGAAUCCUUUUGACUCUGCGACUAUGCCGUCAAAUCAUCUUGAUGGCAUAAAUGGGGGAAAUGACGAGAAUCUCGGGCUUUUUGAUGAUUUAACUCCAUCGAUUAUCAAUGAGCUUUUCAGCGGGAUUGAUGGUAGUAUCGACCUCAGCAGAGUUGAUACUCUUUUCUCCGCCAAUCUCAAUCCGACUAUGCCCCUCAUACAGUCAGAUUGGAUGGACAUCUGA